GAUAUCAGUCUAGUACUUGAGAACCAACCGUUCACAACAAACCAACCAAAUCAACAUGUUCAAAUACUUCGCCCUGUGCCUGUUCGCCAUCGUGGCCUGUGUGGCUGCCAAGCCGGCGGUGAUCGCUGCCCCACUGGCCUACAGCGCCUACUCCUCCCCCUAUGUGGCCGCAUCUCCUUACUCCGCUGCUUACACCGCCGCUUACACCGCUCCAGUGGCCGCCGCCUACUCCGCCUAUCCCUAUGCCUCCGCCUACUCCGCCUACUCUGCCUACCCCUAUGCCGCCUACUACCGUUAAGAUUGGAAGGAUCAAGGAUACCCAAAACCCUGACUACUGAACUGGACCCGAAAAGAUAUACCUAUUACAACAUGGAUACUUCCCUGCUAACCAUCUAGAUACUCCAUUACCGUGCUAUCCAACCACUUAUCUACAUCCCUGGUAUUAGUUUGGCAGACUCUAUAUCUUCCCACCUCUGCCGACUGCUGAAAGUUAAGUCAUGGGAACAGGACAUACAAGUAUAAACGGAAUAUUAUUGUUGAAAUAAAUACUGCAUUUUGCGUGAAACGUAAA